AUGGUCCCGCGAGAGACGAGGCCUUUGCUCGCCGCAGAGAAUGAUCCGGAUCUUCCAGAACCGUAUUGGGCGCGCCAGUGGGAAAUGACCAAAGUAGACGACCCCGUCACGGCGCCGCAAUGCAUCGCCCACCGAGGAUACAAGGCGAAAUACCCCGAGAACUCCAUGGCUGCUUUUCGUGGAGCGGUGGCUGCGGGCGCUCAUGCCAUCGAGUCGGAUUUGCACUUGACUAGGGAUGGGGUGGUCGUGCUGUCGCAUGACGGCACGCUAAAGAGGUGUUUCGGCGUCGACAAAAAGAUUGGAGACUGCGACUGGGACGACAUCAGCUCCAUCAGAACCUUACGCGCACCUCACGAGCCCAUGCCGAAGCUGUCCGAACUACUAGACUUUCUUACCGAAGACGGACAUGAGAGUGUGUGGUUACUACUAGAUAUAAAGCUAGACGACGACUGCGAAGACCUAAUGCGCAGAACUGCCGAAACCAUUGCUGCGUGCCACCAUCGCAGCGCCCGACCGUGGAACGAAAGAAUAAUAUUUGGCUGCUGGAACCAAGCCUACAUCGCCAAAGCCCGCAUCCACCUCCCCACCUUCCCCCUAACCCACAUCGGCUUCUCCCUCCCCUACGCCAACCGCCUCCUCCCCGCCCACCCAAACCUCUCCUUCAACAUCCUCCAAAUCGUCCUCGCCGGCCCCCUCGGCCCCAGCUUCCUUCUCUCCGCUCGCUCCUCCCGCCGUCCCGUCUUCGCAUGGACCGUCAACCACGAGCGCUGGAUGGAAUGGGCCGUCCUCGCCCGCGUGGACGGCCUCAUUACCGACGAUCCGGGGCUGUAUCUCGAGGUCUGCGCGCGUUGGCUAGCCGAAGAGACGGAGGCGAGGAGACGCCGCGCUGCUGUCGCGGCAGCUGGUGGUGGCAGGAGGAGUAAGAGCGCUGUGAGGUUUGGGAAGAGGAGGGGUGUUGUGAGUGAUUUUUUGAGUUUGAUGACGUUGCUUUCUUUGAAUGUUUUGGCGGCUGGGUUGGCUUUUUGGUUUACGGUUAUUGGGAGGUAUGAUCGCGUUACGACGAAGCCUAAUAGGCAGAAGACGCGGUGA